AUGUCGUCGCCGCCGCCGGUCGAGGACCAGGCCAGGCUGCUGGAGGAUGCCUUGACCGUCGUGCGCCAGCAGACCAUCCUUAUGCGACGAUGUCUCGAGACGCCUGGAAAGCUCAUGGACGCUUUGAAAUGCAGGUACUGUACCUUCAGUCCCCCAUAACAUGCGUUGGCGUACUGACCGCUUGUGGCAUAGCUCUACCCUCGUUUCCGAAUUGCGAACCAGCAGUCUAGGCCCCAAACAGUACUACGAGCUGUACAUGUCCGUCUUCGAUGCGCUGCGACACCUCUCCGUAUACCUUCGCGACUCACAUCCCGUCAAUCACCUAGCCGAUCUAUAUGAAUUGGUUCAGUAUGCAGGCAACAUCGUGCCUAGGCUAUAUCUGAUGAUCACGGUUGGAACGGUAUACAUGGGCAUCGAGGAUGCGCCGGUCAAAGAGAUCAUGAAGGACAUGAUGGAGAUGAGCAGAGGUGUCCAGCAUCCCGUACGCGGCCUGUUCUUGCGCUACUAUCUUAGCGGACAAGCGAGAGAUUCGCUGCCCACAGGCAAUGGAGAUGGGCCCGAGGGCAACAUUCAGGAUAGCAUAUCGUUCAUUCUGACCAAUUUCGUCGAAAUGAACAAGCUCUGGGUGAGAUUGCAGCAUCAAGGCCAUUCAAGAGAGCGGGAACAGAGGACCAAGGAGCGACAGGAGCUACAGCUGCUAGUUGGCAGCAAUCUGGUACGACUGAGCCAGCUCGUGGACUUGGAGAGCUACAAGAAUGUCAUUCUACAGCCACUCCUGGAACAAGUGGUGCAAUGCCGGGAUGUACUAGCGCAAGAGUACCUGCUGGAGGUUAUUACUCAGGUGUUUCCAGACGAAUUCCACCUACAUACGCUGGAUCAAUUGCUCGCAGCAACCGCAAGACUCAAUCCACAUGUGAACAUCAAGGCGAUUGUGAUUGGACUCAUGGACCGUUUGUCGGCUUUCGCGACCAGAGAGGCAGAGCCGCAAACCCCGGAGCAAAGGCAGAAGAAUGAGGAAGAAUCAGUGACCGCGCUACUGGAGAAGCUCAGGGUGUCGAAGGCGACGGUGGGCGAUGAGACUACUAAACCCGUGGAGAAUGGAGAACCUGCCAACGGAGAGGCCACCAUCACCGCAGAAGAACCCGCAAGAUCUGGAGCCUCGGAAGAACAGACAACGAAAGGCGAAGAUGACACUGCGCCUCAGCAAAAUGGUGCCAAAAAGAAGGAGAAAGGAAUACCUGAGGAUGUCAAGCUCUUUGAAAUAUUCUACGAGCAGGUCGUCCAUCUCGUUGGCAUGCAGCGGCUACCAAUCCAGGAUGUCACAGCACUGCUGGUGUCGCUGGUCAAUCUAGCCCUCAACAUAUACCCUGACCGCCUUGACUAUGUCGACCAGGUGCUGAAUUAUGCCACCAAGGAGGUCUCGAGGUACACCAAUUCCGCCGACCUUCACUCUCAACAAUCGCAGUCAAGCUUACUGGCUCUACUGCACGCACCUGUUAAGGCUUACUUUUCGCUCUUCACAGCCUUGGCACUUCCCAGCUUUGUGCCUCUUUUCCAACAGCAGCCAUAUCCGACGAGACGGGCAGUGGCUGGCGAAGUGGCGCGCAACCUGUUACGCAACGAGACCAAGAUCACGACAACAGCGAAUCUGGAAGGGGUUCUAUCCAUUUUGUCAGUUCUGAUCAAAGAAGGCAUGCAGCCCCCUUCGGGCUAUCCCGGUGGUCCAGUACGAAGAGGAGCAGUUGAGACCGAUGAGACGGUGGAAGAGCAAGGUUGGCUUGCGCGGAUAGUACACCUCAUCAAGGGCGAGGACAAUACAACACAGUUCAAGCUGCUGCAAACCGCGAAGAAUGCAUUUCAAGAAGGCAACGAGCGGACAAAAUACACCACGCCGGCGAUCAUCACCCAAUCGCUCAAGCUCGCCAGGUCCUUUAAACGACGAGAGCACUUUUCGACCGACGACUACAGUACCCAAUCUUCCGCGCUGUACAAAUUCAUUCACACCACUAUUUCCUCGUUAUAUACCAGGGUCUCUGCAUCGGGAGUCCCGGAUCUGGUUCUGCGGCUUUUUGUAUCUUGCGGUCAGGUUGCCAGCCAAUGCGAGAACGAAGAUGUUGCAUACGAAUACUUCGCUCAAGCAUUCACUGUCUAUGAGGAGUCGAUAUCGGAUUCAAGAUCACAAUUUCAGGCCAUUUGCAUCAUCGCUGGUGCACUCUCGGGCUGUUCGGAUCGCUUCAGCAGGGAAAACUAUGACACGCUUAUAACCAAGGCGGCACUGCAUGGCAGCAAGCUGCUCAAGAAGCCAGAUCAAUGUCGCGCCGUCUAUCUUGCCAGUCACUUGUGGUGGGCUCUUGAAAAGAGCGAAAGGCCGGAAGGCGCCAAAGAGGUGAGUUCUAUCCAUUUAUAAUAACUCUGGAAUCAUUUCUAAUGCGUGGUAACAGAUUUAUCGCGACGGCAAGCGCGUUCUCGAAUGCCUUCAGCGUGCGCUCCGUGUCGCUGAUGCUUGCAUGGACACCGCUGUCUCUGUUGAGCUCUUCGUUGAGAUAUUGAACCGAUACGUGUACUACUUCGACCAAGAAAAUGACGCCGUCACCACAAAAUACCUCAACGGCCUCAUCGAAUUGAUCCACUCAAAUCUGAACACGACCGAGAACGCUUCUGGUUUGGAGAGCCCACGGAAGCACUUCCAGCGGACGCUUGAGUACAUCCAAUCGAGGGAAUAUGAAGGCGUAGAAACGAAGCCCAAGUCCUAG